CUGCACAAGUGCUUCAGGCUGCAGGUGGAAAGCUUCCGCAAACUGGGGCAACUGGAGAGAGCCCUGGCGUGCGUGGUGCAGUGGCUGGUGGCGCUGCGGGGCCGGAUCGGGGAGCUGCUGGCAGAGCCCGUCUCCCUCUGGGUCCGAGUCAAGACGUUACUGUUACGGACCCUGAAGGAGGGCUUGGAGGGGCACGGCCUGGACGCAGACACCUUGAUGACCGUCCUCUUCGCGGAGCUGAAGGCCUACAAGAGCAUCCGGGCUGACACAGGGCAGGAACGCUACAACGUCCUCUGCGACCUGCUGGAGAUCUGCUCGGAGGAGAGCGGCCGCCUGCACGAGCGAGCUGUUGGCUUGAUGGAGCUGGCCCAGGUCCUCUGCUACCACAGCUACGCCCAGCAGACAGACUGCUCCUCCCUGGACUCGCUCCGUGAAGCCUUGCGGCUGCUGGAGUUGGUACCCAGGAGCGCCCAGAACCGGGAUCGGCUCCUCGACGACCGGGCGCAGGCUCUGCUCUGGCUCUACAUCUGCACCCUGGAGUCCAAGCUGGAGAAGGUGGCUCUGUCCGAAAACCUGGACAACGCCUUCACCUUGUGGAAGCAGCUCCUGGCGACGCCGGGCGUCCCGGCCGUGCGCAGCCCUGAGCAGACUGUGGCCUCCCUGCACCUCCUGCCCUUGCAAGCCAUGGAGAGCUUCCUCCUGGUCAGAACCCUGUGCAGCGCGCUCGGGGACAGCCUGGGCAUGGCCGGCGCCCUGUGCCAGGUCACCAAGCUGCUCUUGCAGCUGGAGUGCCCCAGCUAUGCCCAGCUUUUCCUGGAGGAGACGGAAUCCUGCCUGCGGAAAGCCGACAGCAGUGAUGAUUCCUACCUGCUGCUGCAGCAAACCUGCCUCCUGCUCCGCAGCCAGCUGUGCUGUGCCAACCACCGGAUUGAAGAGGGUCUCACCCUGUUGCUGGGGGUGCUCCAGAACCCAGCUCUGCAAAAAAUCAUGAAGGUCUGGUACCUGCUGCGAGCCCACGUCCUCCAGCUGGUGGCCAUCUACCUGAGCCUGCCCCCUGCCCGUCUCUCGCCGGAGCUCCGACAGCGGAUCUUUGUGCAGGGGUGGAAGACGCCCGAGACGGCUCUCGCUGAAGCCCACAAGCUCUUCCGUAGUAUCAUCCUUCUGCUGAUGGGCAGCGACGUGCUGGGCUGUCAAACAGCAUCCGACGUCCAGUUUGUGGAUUACGGAGACACCCUGCUGCUGAAGUGGCAAGUGCUAGCUGAUGUUCAGGCCUGCUCGGAGAACAUCGUGGCUCUCCUCGGCAGGCUGGAAGUGGUGUGUAAAGCCAAAGCCUUCUGCUUGGAGGCCAUCAAGCUGGCCAUGAAACUGCAAGCCCCUCGGUG